UCAAACAGGCGAAGAUGUUUAGUUUUCAUGUUAACAUUUAUAAGAACCUUUAAAAUAAUAUUUGUUUCUACAAAACAAUGGCUGUCAGCAUCGUCCAAUACUUUGGAAAGCAGAACAACAAAUGCGGCUACUGCAAAGAAUUGAACCGCGGCCGAUCGCAUGGAAUGCAUGCUUUUCGAUUGACCUGCGAAGAUUAUCAGGAACUUAUAGAUCGCGGUUGGCGUCGCUGUGGGAUGUACUGUUAUAAGCCACAAAAUAAUGAGACUUGCUGCCCCUGCUAUACCAUAAAAUGCGAUGCUCUGGAAUUUAGGCUCAGCAAAUCAAACAAGCGGGUCAUGAGGCGCAUGAAUCGCUUUUUACGGGAUGGAAAGCGUGAAGUUAACGAACAGGACAACCAAAUGAGCACCUCGGCAAAUGGCGGAGGCGAUGGCGGUGCCACUGGGGACAAUGAAUGUGAGGAACUGAUACAAUUGCCCAAUAAGGCGCCCGUCAACAUUGAUGUUGACCAGGUAGCUGCACUAGCCAAAGCACAGCAGCAGCAUCGACGAGCUGAAAUGAUUGAGACUUUAAAAAAGGAAUCUUCAAAUACUAGCGGAUCUGCCAAAAUAUCCCUAUCAUUGUCGACAGCUGCUUCAAAUCCACCGCGUAAGAAGGCGAAACAAAUGCGCUUAGAGCGUAGGCAAGCUAAAUUGGGUGAAGCAGGAACGCCGAAGUCUGAAAAUCCUAAAUCUAAGGCCCUAACACAGGAAAAAUCAUUACGCGACUUUCUAGCUGAACCCAGCGACAAUAACAAGCACAAGUUAAAGAUCGUGUUGGUCGCUAGCUCUGAUACGCAGCGUACCUGUGCUGAAGUAGUUCACGCCCUUUAUUGUAAAUAUCAGUUAGCUAUACACAACGAUAAACCUGCACGCCUCACUCCAGCUAGUAUGCAGCGGUUUUUGGUUAAUUCGCCGUUAAAGAAUGAAAAGUCACAAGUAGGUCCACCCAUGGGAUAUGGGUCGUUUCAUCAACAAUACUGGCUGGAUGAUAAAUUGAUAGCUGUCGGCGUUAUUGACAUAUUGCCAUGCUCAAUUAGUUCAGUGUAUUUUUUCUACGAUCCGGACUAUAGCUUCUUAUCUUUGGGCACAUACGGCUCACUGAGAGAAAUUGAUUUUGUACAGACACUGGCUAAGCAAUUCCCCGAUCUAAAAUAUUAUUAUAUGGGUUUCUAUAUACACUCUUGCCCCAAAAUGCGUUACAAAGGCAAGCUGUCUGCUUCUUAUUUGCUGUGCCCAGAAACCUACGAAUGGUUCGAGCUCACAGAUGAAAUACGCUCAAAACUUGAUGCCCAUAAAUAUCAGCGUCUGAACAACGAUAGUACUGCUAGGGAUGCCAAUGAAUUUUUGCAGGAACACUUAAAAAGUGUAAAACUGCUGAUUGAUGCUAAUCACUGCACGAAUUAUGGACACUAUGUACAGCUUACUGGUACAUGCCCCGAUGCAGAUAAUAUUAUGGAAUACAGCCAGCUGGUUGGCAAGAUUUGUGCGCUACGCAUGUUAUAUGUGAACACCAUGAAUACCGGCUAACUGUAAUUUUGUUCGUGUCUAAACGCGUGACCUAUGUUUUGUCGUUGCGAUUGUAUUAAAUUUAAGUUGCGGAGAGAAUAUAAAGGAGAAUAUAAAGCAUGCAUAACGCUGCUUCAAUAACUUGAAAACAAAAGUAUUAAAUUAUUACUAGUAUGUACAGACUUGUCACUGAGUGGAUGUUGCAAAAGAUAACUGUCUUUCAUGAUAAUUCUCGUUGUUUAUCUUUCUCAUAAGCAUCAAUAAAAAUAUUUUUUAGAUAACAAAA